AUGAUGUCAUCGGAUUCGGACGAUGAGUACGAAGGUUGGACUCACCUGGAGCCACGUACACCUUUUCAGGGUUACCGUACCUAUGUGGCUUUAACCUACAUCGGUUUCAAUAUUGUGGGAUUUGUUGUCAACUUAUGGGUAUUAUAUGUGGUUGCACCGUUGCUUUUCGCUCCAGCAGUCAAGGUCCCAAAAAGCAUCUUAUUCUUCAUAUUUGCUCUGGUUGUUGGCGAUUUGACAACGAUGAUUGCGAUGUUACUACUAAUCAUCGAGUUAGUAUUUGGAACAUGGCAAUUUAGCGCUGCUGCUUGUACUUCGUAUUUGGUUCUGGAUUCUAUGAACAAGUUUGUCGCUCCAAUCAUAGUGUUCCUGAUCAGCAGGACAUGCUAUACUACGGUAUGUCUGGAUAAAGCUAGAGGAGAACGUGCGGCUACAUUGAAGCACGCUGUUCUACAAGUAAUUUUUGCGCUCGGAUGUGUUAUGGUACUACUUUGGCCUGUCUUCGCUUAUUCACAGGUCUACACCUUCUACUUCAAUCCCAACAAUGCAACAAACGAAGUGACAGUGAUAAGAAAAUGUGGAUUUUUACCACCACCAGAAAUACAAUUCUGGUUUAAUCUUGUGGCUUGUAUCACUUCAUAUGCUGUACCGUUGUUCGGUAUCGUCUAUUGGUACGUAUCCGUGCCAUUUUUCCUCAAACGACGAGCUUUGACGACAUUAGUGGCAUCCAGUUCUAUGGACACUGCAUUACGUAAAGUGAUCACAACUGUUUUUCUGCUUACCGCUAUUUAUGUGCUAUGUUGGUCACCGUAUUGGGUCUCAAUGUUCGCUCACAAUAUCUUCGCGAUGGGAAAAAACAGCAUGAUCAUCGUCUCGUACUUCAUUCAUCUUCUACCAUACGUUAGUUGUGUCGCCUAUCCGCUUAUUUUCACGUUACUUAAUAGAGGAAUCCGUUCUGCACAUGCAAAAAUCGUACAGGAUCAACGUCGUCGUUUCCGAAGCCUUACGGACGAAGCAAGCGCUCAAAUACGAAAUGCGAUCAGAUCCUUCCCAUCAAAAGCAUCGUCGACCAUUCGAUCCCAAAUGUCAUCCUAUGUUUUUGAGGAACCUCGAAAACCUGAAAAAUCCAAUUCAAAUAGCCCCGAAUUAAUUCGGCCACAGCUGCACUCAACUCAAGUGUACUGUAGCCCAGAUGUUAGCAAAGGGAAUUCCACAAUUAACACCAAAGGAUCGGUGACGUCAUUGGAUGAUUCGGAAACUCUUCUGUAA